AUGAGAAAACUUAGUUUCCUAAAAACCUAUAAAUAUCGUUUGUAUCCUAACCAACAAGAAAGGGAAAUCAUUGACAAAAUAUUAGAAACCUGUCGUUGGCUCUACAAUCAUUUUUUAGCCGAAAGGAGGGAUAAAUAUGAAAAAGAGCAAAAGAAAGUCAGUUAUACCCAGCAACAAAACUCUUUGCCUAGUCUGAAAAAAACUAAUCCUAAUCUCCAAGGCAUUUAUUCCCAAGUUCUCCAAGAUGUAGCACAAAGAGUUAAAAAGGCUUUUCAAGGCUUCUUUUUGAGAUUAAGAAAUAAAACAGAGAAAGCAGGAUAUCCAAGGUUCAAAUCUUUUGGUAGAUAUGACAGUUUCACCUACUCUCAAAAUAAUAACAGUUAUAAAUUAGAGCAAAGUCAGUUAAGAUUAGCCAGUAUUGGUAAGGUGAAAAUUAAACUUCACCGAGGAUUAGAAGGAGAAGUUAAAACCUGCUCCGUUAUUGUUAAGAAUGGUAAAUACUAUGCUUGCUUUUCGAGUGAAGUUGAACCUAAAUUGCUCCCAAAAACAGGUAAAAAAGUUGGUAUUGAUUUAGGCUUAACUUCCUUUUUGACUACUUCGGAUAGGGAACUAAAAGAAGCACCGAAAACUUACAGAAAAGCCGAAAAAGAAUUAGCCAAAGCAGGUAGAAAAGUUAGCCGAAGGAUUAAGAGAAGUAAAAGGAGAAAAAAAGCCGUAAUUCUUUUGGCUAAACAGCAUGAGAAAGUUAGCAAUCAAAGAAAAGAUUUAGCCCAUAGAUUAGCCAAAGAGUUAGUUGAGAAAUACGAUGGAAUAGCCUAUGAAAAAUUAGCCAUUAAAAACAUGCAAGGGGUAGAAGUAAAUGCUAAAAAUACUAGUCAGAUUUGUAGUGAAUGUGAUAAACAGAGAGAACAAAAACUCAAAUUAAGUCAAAGAAAAUUUGUUUGUUCUUUUUGUCCGUAUUCAGACAAUCGAGAUAUCAAUGCUGCUCGUAAUGUUCUAAAACGAGCAGAAUUACAAAGUAAUGGAAGUGAAGAAGAAUUAAGAGUGUUAGGGGGAUAUCAUAUUAAAAAUCUGCUCUUGGAUAAGUUUCGGCGUUUACCCUUUGAAGAAAAAAAAGCCAAAAAAGAUGAAUUAAACAAUUUGAUAGAAAAGGAUGCUUAUGAAUUAGCGACUGAUUUUCAGGGAAAAGUCUUGUUCGCCUCUUGGCGUAUAUUUGAUAAUUUUGGUGAUAUCUUUCAUUGCCUAUGGGAUUAUGCUGAUUAUGCUGUUUCCCGAGAUAGAAUUAACACUUUUCUCAGACUUCCCGAGGAAAAUUACAACUUAGCGGGAAAAGAAUUAAGUCAAGAAAUGCCGAUAACUACAAUUGUGUUUCGAAACAUUCAUUUCCGUUAUCAGGGACAAUCGGAGUGGAUUUUAAAAAAUUAUAACCGCACGCUUACCCUUGACAAAAUAAAUCGUUUGAUUGGGAAAAACGGCACUGGCAAAAGUACAGUUUUAUAUCUUUUGUUAGGAAUGCUCGUGCCUCAAAAGGAAAAUAAUAUUGCUUAUUGCACUCAUGAUACCUUAGUUGAAAAAGGUUCUACGGGACAAAAACAAUUAAGGAAUAUUAAUCAGACCCUUGAACAAAGAAAAGGUGCUCAAAUCUUUUGCUUCGAUGAAGCCGAUAAUGCGUUAGACCAAGACAACCAAGAACAAAUUCGAGAAAAAAUUAGAGAACUAAUCAAAACUAAAAGCCAAUAUCGCGGAUCAACUUUUUACUGUUUAGAGAUUAUGGUUCACAGUCUCUUUAACCCCACUCAACAAACCCUAUACGCUUUUCCUAAUCUAGUUAGUAAAGAGAUUUUAAAGGUCUUAGCCUCCCACACUUAUCACCACCACCAAUAUCUCUUUACUUAUGAAAAAAGAACUAGAGGAUGGAGGUUAAAAGAUUGA